AUGUCGUACCCGAUGCUCAGGCACCAGGCCCAGGACUGUCCAGACGGCAACCGCAGAGUCAAGGGGUGGAGAUCUCCGAGCGCGCAGCACACCGAGAAGCAGGCGCUCAGGACCCAUCGCCUGCCUAAAAAGCGCUUUACUGGCGAUUACACGCUGCUGCGCACCAUUGGCAAGCGGUCCUUGGCCAAGCUCCACCGCCACGGCCGCAGGAGCGAGGGGGAAGCCCGAGCCAUCUCCCGGCAGCUCGUGUCCGCGGUUCAGCGUUGCCACCAGCAGGGAGUCGUCCACCAGGACCUGAAGCCAGAGAACAUCCUGAUGGAUGGUGACAGGAACGUCAAACUGGCCAACUUCGGCCUUGCUAGGGUGUACACCAAGUCUCAGCUGAGCAGCUACUGUGGCGCCGUGGCUUAUGUGGCCCCAGAGAUCUUGAUGCAUCAAACCUAUGAUGGCACAAAGGUCGACGUCUGGAGCCUGGGGGUAGUUUUAUACAGGAUGCUAGUGGGGGAUUUUCCAUUUGUGGGGGACACCUAUGGGAAAAUGAAGAAGGCGAUACUGAGUGGGAAGGUCUCUUUGCCAUGCUUUCUCUCCAAAGAAGGUAAAAACCUGUUUAAAAUGUUAUUGAUCCUCUACCCCAGGAGAAGACCAACCUUAAGAGACAUAAUGAGUGAUCCGUGGAUCAACAUGGGGCAAGAGCAGGAGCUGAGGCUGUACAGUGAGCCACCAGGUGGCAGCAACAAUGGAGGGCAUGGGAUUUAG